AUGUAUUUAUACACUCAGAAAUUAAUUGGUGAUGAAGGUGCAUCAUGCUUAGGUUUUGCUUUAGCAAAUUGCAUAAAUCUCUCAAAUUUGACAGUUAAUCUAGAUUACAAUUAAAUUGGUGAAAUGGGUGCAUCAGGCUUAUGUUCUGCUUUUGCAAAUUGCAUUAAUCUCUCAAAUUUGACACUUAAUCUAUAUGGCAAUUAAAUUGGUGAAAUGGGUGCAUUAGGCAUAGGUUCUGCUUUAGCAAAUUGCAUUAAUCUCUCAAAUUUGUCACUUAACAUUGGUGCAAAUAAAAUUGGUGAUAAAGGUGCAUCAGGCGUAGGUUCUGGUUUAGCAAAUUGCAUAAAUCUCUCAAAUUUGACAGUUAAUCUAGAUGGUAAUUAAAUUGGUGAUGAAGGUGCAUCAGGCUUAUGUUCUGCUUUUGCAAAUCGCAUUAAUCUCUCAAAUUUGACACUUAAUCUAGAUGGCAAUUAAAUUGGUGAAAUAGGUGCAUCAGGCAUAGGUUCUGCUUUAGCAAAUUGCAUAAAUCUCUCAAAUUUGACACUUAACAUUGGUUACAAUAAAAUUGGUGCAAUGGGUGCAUCAGGCUUAGGUUCUGCUUUAGCAAAUUGCAUUAAUCUCUCAAAUUUGACACUUAAUCUAUAUUACAAUAAAAUUGGUGCAAUAGGUGCAUCAGGCUUAGGUUCUGCUUUAGCAAAUUGCAUUAAUCUCUUAAAUUUGACACUUAAUCUAUAUUACAAUUAAAUUGGUGAUGAAGGUGCAUCAGGCAUAGGUUCUGCUUUUGCAAAUUGCAUUAAUCUCUCAAAUUUGACACUUAGUCUAGAUGACAAUUAAAUUGAUGCAAUGGGUGCAUCAGGCUUAGGUUCUGGUUUAGCAAAUUGCAUUAAUCUCUCAAAUUUGACAGUUUUCUUUGGUGGCAAUAAAAUUGGUGAUGAAGGUGUAUCAGGUUUAGGUUCUGGUUUAGCAAAUUGCAUUAAUCUCUCAAAUUUGACACUUAAUCUAGACUACAAUUAUUAAAUUGGUGCAAUGGGUGUAUCAGGCUUAGGUUCUGGUUUAGCAAAUUGCAUUAAUCUCUCAAAUUUAACACUUAAACUUUGCUACAAUUAAAUUGGUGCAAUGGGUGUAUCAGGUUUAGGUUCUGGUUUAGCAAAUUGCAUUAAUCUCUCAAAUUUGACACUUCACCUUAGUGGCAAUAAAAUUGGUGAUGAAGGUGUAUCAGGCUUAGGUUCUGGUUUAGCAAAUUGCAUUAAUCUCUCAAAUUUAACACUUUUCCUUGAUGAAAAUUAAAUUGGUGCAAUGGGUGCAUCAGGCUUAGGUUCUGAUUUAGUAAAUUGCAUUAAUCUCUCAAUUUUGACACUUGAUAUUAGUUUCAAUUAAAUUGAUGAUGUAGGUGUAUCAGGUUUAGGUUCUGGUUUAGCAAAUUGCAUUAAUCUCUCAAAUUUGACACUUGUCCUUAGUGGCAAUAAAAUUGGUUCGAUGGGUGCAUCAGGCUUAGGUUCUGGUUUAGCAAAUUGCAUUAAUCUCUCAAAUUUGACACUUUACCUUAGUUACAAUUAAAUUGAUGAUUAAGGUGUAUCAGGUUUAGGUUCGGGUUUAGUAAAUUGCAUUAAUCUCUCAAAUUUGACACUUCAAAUUGGUAAGAAUUAAAUUAGUGAUGUAGGUGUUUUAGGUUCUGGUUUAUCAAAUUACAUUAAUCUCUCAAAUUUGACACUUCACCUUAGUGAAAAUUAAAUUGGUGAUGAAGGUGUAUCAGGUUUAGGUUCUGGUUUAGAAAAUUGCAUUAAUCUCUCAAAUUUGACACUUUUACUUGAAGGCAAUAAAAUUGGUGACAAAGGUGCAUCAGACUUAGGUUCUGGUUUAGCAAAUUGCAUUAAUCUCUCAAAUUUGACACUUGAACUUUAUUAAAAUUAAAUUGGUGACAAAGGUGCAUCAGACUUAGGUUCUGGUUUAGCAAAGUGCAUUAAUCUCUCAAAUUUAAAUCUUUCCCUUACUAGCAAUAAAAUUGGUUCGAUGGGUGCAUCAGGCUUAGGUUCUGGUUUAGCAAAUUGUAUUAAUCUCUCAAAUUUGAAACUUCUCCUUAUUUAAAAUUAAAUUGGUGACAAAGGUGCAUCAGACUUAGGUUCUGGUUUAGCAAAUUGCAUUAAUCUCUCAAAGUUGACACUUUAAUUUAAAAGAGGUAACUUAAUGAAUGAAUCAUAAAAAUUCAAAGUAAUAAGAAAGUGUCUUAAAUAAAAAAGAUUAGUUGUCUUUAAAAAUAAUUAUUGA